UCCGCUGUUCGAUGAUAUGCUUCAUUCAUAUAUCUGUUAUCGAAGGGGGAAGGUGUAUUGCGAUGAAAUUAAAUUAAAAAUAUGAGUUUAGAGUCUAAUUAACUAUUAUUUGAUUAAAAUCAGUGAUUGCUUUUAUUUGAACAUUUGUGGUAUCCUGUAAACAAUGGAUCAAUUAGCUCAAUUUGAGUUUAAUGCUGCUCGCUACACAAUGAAGGACGAUUAUCAGGGCUAUGGAUCUCCAGCUUUGGAGCGUGAUAAAAAGACUAUGUUUUGGAUGAGUGGUGUACUCGAUUGUUUUUCUACCGUUGUAUCCUUGUUCAAGACUUCUGAAUUUGAUGUAUCUCAAGAGGAUGACUGGGAAGUACCCUUCGAGGCUAUUACUGAUAUGGUAUAUCUUGGAUCUGGAGCACAGGGUGUGGUAUUUGGUGGAAAUUUAAAAGGAGAAAUGGUGGCAGUGAAAAAAUUAAGAGAUAAAAGUGAAGCUAAUAUAAAACAUCUGAGGAAACUAAAUCAUGAUAAUAUUGUGAGGUUUAGGGGCGUGUGUACAGUGGCUCCAUUCUACUGUAUUGUAAUGGAGUAUUGUCAGUAUGGGCCCCUAUUUGACUUUCUCCAUAGUGGAGUUUCUUUCACACCUAAGCAAAUAAUCAGAUGGGGGAGGGAUAUUGCUCUUGGCAUGAGCUAUCUUCACACACAUAAGAUCAUUCAUCGUGAUCUGAAAAGUCCCAAUAUAUUGAUUGCAGACAAUCUGGUGGUCAAAGUAAGUGAUUUUGGUACUAGUCGUGAAUGGAAUGAUGUCAGUGCUAUAAUGAGUUUCACUGGAACUGUAGCCUGGAUGGCUCCAGAAGUAAUCCGUCAUGAGCCCUGUUCUGAGAGGGUUGAUGUUUGGUCUUAUGGGGUUGUCUUGUGGGAACUUCUAACACAGGAAGUUCCUUAUAAAAAUCUUGAAACUCAUGCUAUAAUGUGGGGCGUGGGAACUGAUACUAUAACCCUUCCAAUACCAACUACUUGCCCCAGCAGUUUGCAAUUGCUGAUAAAUCAAUGCUGGAAUCGUACACCUCGCAGCAGACCACCAUUCAAGAUAAUUGCCGCUCAUCUGGAUAUGGCGGGUGAAGAUUUGUGCUCUAUGGACAUGGAAAGUUUUAAUAACACUCAAGCUCGCUGGCGCCAAGAAGUUCAUCAGGCUAUGGAAAGGCUCUACGCUAAACAUGACAAAACAGCACCAGAUUCUGUCGCACAACGUCGUGAGCAUUUGAAACACGCUCGUGACGUUCGUUAUGUAUACGAGCAGCAACUGUCACGAGCCAACGAGCUCUAUAUGGAGGUGUGUGCUGUGCGCCUUCAGUUAGAACAGCGCGAGAGGGUCAUUGCUGAGCGUGAGAAUGCUUUGAGCAGUUGCCGUUGCGGCAUUCGCAAGACGUUCAAAUAUUUCCAUCGUCAGACGUCGUCCUCGUCCGACAGCAUGAGGAAUCUUCCGGCCAACUUCGACAGCCGCCGCAGAAGGAGGAAGAUCGAGGCUGAAAAGAAGAACUUAUCACAAAUGAUGGUAAACUACUCCAAGGAUGACGGACAGACUGUGACCGUCGCAGUGGACGACAGCGUGUCGUGCUUGUGCGAGGAGAAUGGAAACGUUACCGUCUCCAUCAAAGACACCGUCAUCGAGGACAAUGGAAACGUCGUUGUAACUGAUAACACGCUCCACAAGGAUACACUCGCACUCAACGAUAACUACAUGCCUGAUAUGGCACAUGUUUAAAUAUCUCAUUAAAAUCUCAGUACGUGUAAAGCGGAUUAUGAUAUUAUAAUUAUGUAUGUAGUAUAUCGAGACUAAGUGAUUGCUUAUUAGCGAUUAUUUAAUUAUAACCUUUUGAUCUCUCGCCUUUUAAAGGACUGGCCUAAAGGAUCUCAGUAUUGAUUUUUAUCUUAUAAAACUAUAUUAGGUAUAUUUUAGUUGCUGUAGUGAAUUAGCAAUGGAAAAUUAAAAAAAAAUGCAAUUGUAGUUGUUAUCACCAAUUACAAUAAACUUUUAAAGUUCAAUCUAAAUCACAAAAAUAUUAUUAAAAGACCAUCUUUGUAGUUGAUAAGAAUUUAAAUUUCUUUCAAUGAAGUUCUAACAGCGUGUAAGUAGUUCUUUUACUUUAUUUGUCUUUUUUACAUAGUCAAAGAAGACAAAAAAAAAAUGUUUCUUUUCAUCAACUCUAUAAUUAAUAUUAUUUUAAAUACCUUUUUCAAACCUUCUCUAUCUCUUAACCUAUCUUUUCAAACAGUCACUUGGAUUUCCUCUAAAGUUACUUAAAAUCUACGCCCUGUUGGAACUCCACUGACAUCAUUAAUUCAUAUGUAUGUAUGAAGUGUUUCAAAUUAUUAUAAAAGUUUAAUUCGAAAUAAAAAUAAAUUUAAAUGUAGAUGUCAUAGAUAUAGAUUCAUAUUUUAGAAGUAUACAUUGUCUUUGAUUCAUGUAAUGUAUCGAUUUCUGUCUUGAAUUUAAUAAAGUCCGCGAAUAUAAGAAACUUUCACUCGGCCGUUAGUCACUGGGGUGAGAGGUUACUAUAAAGACAAUGUAGUAAAAAAUAAAUGUCGACCGAUAGUUUUCGUGGACGCUUAUUAGAAUUUGAUAGUAAAUUCGCGAAAGUUGACAAACGUUUUAUUAUUGUAUUAUAUUAUGCAUGCACGUACGCCUUAAGAUUACUAGAAUUAAUUUACAUCACUUCUAAAAAUUUGUAAAUAUGAUUUUUUUUUCGAAUAUUUAUUCCUCCUUGGGAUCAAAGAUGAUGAUUAUGGAAAAUUUUAUAGAAUUUUAUACAUAUUAAUCCCUAUUUUUAUAUUUUUAACCUUAUUUCCUCAUAAAUAUAUAUGAAUUCAUCUACUGUCAUUCUAUAUUCAAAAAAUGUAUGUGCUAUAUGAUAAAUUCUAUUAAUAUAUUUUAGUAUAGAUAUUGCCUAAGUGUUGCUGCUUAGUGAUUUCAAUGAGGGUAGGCUGACGAUAGCCGUUGUGAUGACGAAUUCAAAUGAACGUGCAGCUGCGAUAUGAGUGUUUGGUAGAUUAUAUAUUCUUAUAGAAGCUUUGAUAUACUGUAGAUUGUAUUAGAAAAAAUAAGAUUUCAUAGUAACUUAUAUACCUGCUUUAUGAUGUAAAAAAAAAAAAUUUCGUAAUAUUUUUUCUCGAAUUUGCACUUGCAUUGAUAUAUGUUCUUAGAAGUUUUAUAGUUAUAGUUACUUAGAUGUUUAAAGGAAAGCAUUUAAUAUGUUACAAACAAAAGUUAACCUUUAUAACUGCUAUUUCUAUAAAACAUAUAAUAUUUUCCCAUUUUAUUAGAAAUUAAGUGUAAUUUGUAGAUUAUUUCAAAUAUUGUGCAAGAUUUAUCUAAUAAGACUUAGAUUGUGAGCAUGUAUGUUCAAUAUGCGUAUAAAGUAAAUAAUUAUUGAUAUUAGAAUAGUAGAAUAGUUAACGCGGCUUCGAACUAGAUUUACAAACACUAAAAUAUAUAUAGAAUCGAUUUUUCAUCGUUCGCUUGAAAAGUACAUUGAUGUUAAAUUAUAACAUGAUUUCAAUUAUAUGUCUUUGUCUAAGAAAAAUUAUAGUUGGCACAAACAGUAUGUAAUAUUUAAAGUGCAUGUUUUAGGACAUUCCCUGUAAUUGUUAAGUGUUAUUCCUUAAUCGUAAAUUAUAGACUGCACACGACUUUUUGAUGUAUCUUUACUCUUUCUACAAAUAUUUUGCUAAUACCUUAGAUCAACUUGAUGUUUGUCUGAUAUUGUGAUUAAAAUACUUUACCGAUAGGUACUUAAUGUUGGACAGUCGUACAACAAACUGAGUAUGUUAAUUUGAUAUGUUACAAUCUAUUUAUAAAACAAAUAAUAAAUAUAACAUCUAAUUAGUAAUACCCAAAGUCAUUAAAACCGAAAUUUAAAGUAGGAAGUCUUGGAUUAUCACUCAUUAAAAUUAAUUAUACAGUAUUAUUUUGGAUACUUACGACGAAUGUAAUUUAUAUUAAAAUUCAUUUAAAUUUGUCAUUUAUGGUGUAAAUGUAGACCAGUUGAUGUUAAAAUGUCAGUGUCAUUUAGUUUAUCAUUUUCAUACAGAUGAUUUUUUCGUUAAAUUUGAAAUAUCUCUAUAUAAAUGUCUUAGUGUUUCCUACACUGUACUCAAGAUUAUAACAAAAAAUAAGAACUUUGACAUUGGCAAAAUAUUCCACUAUUCCAGUGUGAAUGAAGCCUUAAAAAAAAUCUUUAUUGAUAAUAUUUUACGUGUGUUUAUAGAUUUAUAUUAAAUUAACAAUUUUACUCUUAAUUCAAUCUUCUAGUACUUUAAUUCUUGAAUACUUUAGUUUUAGUAACGAUCUAGUCUCUAAAUUUCGUUUUAUCUCAGCAUGGAUUAUAGUCAUCUUAAAAAUAUAUUAUAUAUAACUUUAAUUGUAGUAUGAAAAAUAAAUAACUGUGACUUCUA